AUGAUGUUAUAUAUUGUUAUUGGGGGUUGGUUGGGCUUCAUAGGUCCAAAAGAACUAAUGGCUUGUGCUACUCGCCUAUGUUUCUGUUUGAUACUGAUACAACUCUACUCAGUAGCUGCAUCCAAUUCCCAUGCCCAUGGCGAUGGCCAUGGUAAUGCCACAACUUCUUCCUGCCAUCCGGACCAGGCUGCAGCACUUCUCCAACUAAAGCAGUCCUUCAUUUUCGACUACUUCACUACCACCCUGCCGUCAUGGCAACCUGGAACAGACUGCUGCCUCUGGGAGGGUGUGGGCUGCGAAGAUGGUGUAUUUCAUGGCCGCCAUGUCACUGUUCUUGACAUUAGUGUCCAUGGCCUCUACAGCUAUGGCUGCCAUGCUGCGCUCUUCAACCUCACCUCCCUGCACUACCUCGACCUCAGCAUGAACGAUUUUGGUGGAUCUCGCAUUCCGGCAGAUGACUUCGAGAGGCUAUCCAAGCUCACUCACCUCAACCUUUCUUAUUCAGGCUUCUACGGUCAGAUUCCUAUCGCCAUCGGCAAACUCACAAGCCUCGUAUCAUUGGACCUUUCUUCAGUGCAUAAUAUUGAAUCAGCUGAAAUCACAAAUCUUUAUGCUAUCAUGGAUGGCUACAACCUUUUGGUGUUACGAGAGCCCAGCUUUGAGACCUUACUGGCAAACCUCAACAAUCUGAGGGAGUUGUACCUUGAUGGAGUGGACAUAUCUAGUAGCGGAGAGGAGUGGAGCAGUGCUCUAGGUAAACCUGUCCCCCGUCUUCAGGUUCUUAGCAUGGCGUACUGCAAACUCAAUGGAGGCUUUCGUAAGGAGACUUCUUUGGAGACUUUGUAUCUAGAUUAUACUAAUUUCUCUUGUAUCAAGCUGAGCUCUUUGAGCAACCUCCCCUCUCUCAGGGGCCUAGGCUUUGAUGGAGGGUCAAUUUCUAUGGAACCUACUGAUUUACCGUUCCCUAUGCUUAACUCCUUGCAAAACCUGCAGCUCUCUUUUGCACGAUUUUCAGGGGAGUUAGGGUCAUUUUUCCUCUGGAUUAGAAGCCUUCAAAACUUGAAAAGCUUGCAACUCUCUUAUUGCUAUUCCUCCAAGAUAAUGGCCACCAUGAUUGGCAACCUGACCAACUUAACAAGGUUGGAAAUCACUUUAUGGGCCUAUGGGCAAAUACCACCAUCAAUUGGCAACCUUACCGAGUUGACUUCCUUGAGAAUCUCUGAUUGUGUCUUCUCUGGGCCAAUACCAACUUCAAUUGGCAAUCUCAAGAAACUAAGAAGCUUGGAGAUCACUAAUAUUGGCUCAUCGGGUUUUAUCACUAAAAAUACUGGCUUAUCAGGUCAAAUACCAACAGAUAUUGGAUUUCUCAGCAGAUUGAAGGUCUUAAAAUUAGCGGGCUGCAUAUUAUCUGGCGGAAUUCCAAGUACAAUUUCCAACUUGACUCAGCUGACGCAUGUGGAUCUUUCUCGCAAUAACCUUGGAGAUCCAACCAGUUCUGUGGCUCGGUCUCUUAUGUUCCUGGUCCAUCCUGGAGAUAGCAAAUUUGGGGAACACUUCUCAAAUUUACAAAUCAUUGACAUAGCCUCAAACAACUUCUCUGGUAGUUUAGAUCCACGAUGGUUUGAGAGAUUGACAUCUAUUAUGGCAAAGUCCAAUGACGCAGGAAGUCAACAAUGGUUCGGUAAUCCGGUAUUCUACGAUUCUAACUACUACCAUGAUACUGCUACAAUCACAUACAAAGGGCAAUACAUGGCAUUUGAGAAAGUAUUGCUUAUCUUAACUGCAAUCGACUUUUCAAAUAAUGCAUUUGAUGGCGACAUUCCUGAGUCAGUUGGAAGGCUAGUUUCACUAUAUGUAUUGAACAUGUCAUACAAUGCAUUUACGGGCAGGAUUCCUGCACAAAUGGGUGAGAUGCGCCAAUUGGAAUCACUAGACCUGUCUUGGAACAAGCUUUCUGGGGAGAUUCCACAAGAGCUGGCAGAUUUAACAUUUCUUGGUGUGUGA